AAAUUAUGUAAAAUAUAUUUUUAACGGCUGUGGUAAAUUAAUCAAAUUAAAUAAUUUUAAACAUAAACAAAAACUUUAAAUUAUAACGUCUGUAUUUUAAAAGUAAACUCAUUUAUGCUACUUGGUUUGUAUGAAUAAGUGACAUAAUAAAAAAAACUACAACUCCCUAGGGAGUUAUAGCUUUUUUUACAAUCCACAACUCCCCGGGAACAAUAUAGGCCUUUGUCCUUUAGUCCACCUGCAUGAAAUAAGGUCUUUUACGAGCAAGUGUGAUGAAAGUACAAUAGCCAAUACUACUACAAUAUAACAGAAGAGAUGUAUAAUGUUUAUAGUUAAUAAUUAUAUUAAAUUAUAAUAUUCAAUUAAAUGUUGAGACGUAAAAGGUCCCAAUGUCAGAGUAUUAAUACCACCAUCCGACUAAUCCGGGGUUAACCGGUUAAACCGUUAACCGAGUGUCAAAUUGUACAGGUAACCGGGGUAACUCCAGGUUUAACCGGUUAACCUCGGGUUAAUGGGAUGGCGCAAGUGGCCCUAAUAAGAGUGGGAGGUUUAAAGUCUCUCCAAGUGUCAAAUUGAAAUUUAUAUUAAGUUUUUAAACAAUUUAAACAAUUAUCCCGUUACCGAAGAACUUAAAAUUAACGCCAAUGCAUAUGUAGGUACUGAUAUACGCAACGUCUUGAUAUCGGGGUCAAGUUCAUGUUUAGACAUUUUAUGUCUACGAUAAGACACAAUAAUACAUACAAAUAGGUAAAUGCUCAGUGUAGGUUUACGAAUUUGUAACAUUUACAACCUUUACAAUUGAACCCUGUAUUAUUAACAAAUAAAACACUUUUCAUUUUCAUUAUUUGUUUUUAAGUUGUUGUUUAACCGCUCGUGCUAAUAUUGAUAGGUACCCAAGCAAGCUAAAGAUUUCGAAACCACGAGUGUAGCGUUGCGAGAGUAUCAAGGAUUUUAUUUUUUAAUUUAUUUAUUAGAGAUUAUUCACAAUUACAGAAUAUUUGAUCAAAAAGUAUCGUUAAACCACAAUGGUUUGUCUCGAUACUCCAUUCCGCAAUGUUCAAGGCUUCGAUAGUAAUCUUUGAAUUUAAUACUUUUAUGCUUUUUAUUAGGGUUCCGUAGCCAAAUGGCAAAAAACGGAACCCUUAUAGAUUCGUCAUGUCCGUCUGUCUGUCCGAUUAUUAAAACACUACGUAGGUGCAGAUGUAAACUUACAUUUUUUUUGGAAUCACGACUAUUUCUCAAUACGAGUUGAAAUACUAGUACUUAUGCAAAAAGUUAGUUUCCCCUCUUGGUUAAGUCAGGUUGCAGUUGCUUUCGAGAAUAACUUGGUACCUAAGUGCUAUUUAUAAAUUGUAACUUUACAAUUUAGAACAUUAUCGAAUUGAAUUUAGAACUCCGCUUUCGCUUCGAUGAACUGAAUGUUAUUGCGUAUCAGAAAUAACAAACACUUAAAGUGUUCAGCAUGGGGCUUCCCUGGACUAACAUUAACCCAUGAACCGACAUUGUAUUUUUUCAGGACUACCAAUGUAAGCACCUAAUGAAUCAUGAGAAACAAAGAAAAGAAUGACGAAUUUGAGUGGCGCGGUGUGCGUGAUGGCGUUGUUAUCCCUGGCGGCGAGCGAAUUGACCACAGAAAUGUGUCCUUCUGCCACAAGAAGGCCGACAACGUGCAUCCUCCAAAGUGGCACGAAGAUCGAGCUCUCCUGGAGUGCUCUAGAAUACAUAACGUUGGAGUGCUUAGGCAACGGCACCUUCACCUGCGCCGAAUUACCGAAAGUCAAUAUACCCUCACCAAUGAGGGUAAUGAUCGUUAACUGCGUGCUGCCGGCCAAUGAAUCACUAAGUUGUACGUUUCAAGCCCUCGGCGCACCUGGCGCCACUUUGCUCACAAUACGUGGAGCUCAUUCUUUCCUCAAACCAAAACAUGUCCAAAACCUACAUCUUUCCACGCUCAAUUUAAAGGGUUCAACGCUCGAUGAUCCAUAUACACCGCUAAUAGAGCUACCCACAGCCGCUCUAGCAGCUCUACCCUUGUUAAAAAAUCUCGUAGUGACUGAAUCCCGCUUAAACCUGUCGUCUGAUUCUCUGGCAGGUGUUUCUCAAUUGAAGUACCUAGAACUAUCCGCGAGCGAUAUCAAAGGGCUUAACGAAAGUGUUUUUCGGGGGUUGAAGUCGCUACUCACUCUGUCUUUGUGGGGUAAUGAUCUGCGUGAGUUGCAAAAUGGUACUUUAGAUGGACUACACUCGCUGCAGAGCCUUGAGCUGUCCGACCCUUUGCGAUCGUUAGGUGAAGGUGUUUUAGCAACAGCGAAAACCUUGCGCGUGCUAAAGCUCACGAACAUAGAGCUGGGUGAGCUAAGCCAGUCGGCGUUGCGUGACCUAAAUGAACUUGAAGAACUGAUAAUUUGGAAUGGACGGACACCGCUGAAGGUUGGUUCGCGAGCCCUAUCCUUGCCGAAGCUGCGUGUGGUGCGUAUAGAGCAUUGCAGUUUGGAGACGCUGUCUGGAGACGCGCUGGCUGGCGCACAAGCGCUGCAAACACUAUUUUUGUCACAUAAUGCGUUAGAAACGCUUCCAUCAGAACUUUUAAGCGACUUGACGGACUUGCGCGCACUGAAUCUUAGUUACAACGCCUUACGAUCGCUGGAGCCAGCCUUGUUUCAAAGCUUAGUACACCUGGAGGAGCUCAAGCUCGACCACAACCAUCUGGAAGUAUUCUCAGGUGCCCUGUUCCAGCCAUUAACCGCCUUACGUGUCCUAUCGGCCCGCAAUAACCACUUGAGUGCUCUGUGGUCCACCGAGUUCCAGGGCUUGGGCGAACUGCAGGAGCUUGACUUGGCUCACAAUCAACUCACAUUGUCAGGAACCCCAGGGGUAUCGAUUUCGCCUUUUCAUGCGAUGAAAAAACUGCGUCUGUUGGACCUUGGGUACAACAACAUUACACAAGUAUUUUAUGAUUGGCGCAAUAGUUUACUACAACUACAGCUGCUUGAUUUGAGAUAUAACUGGAUUGAGUUCCUUGAGGAUACUGACACAAAUUUCUUGAGUAACGUAACAGUCGACUUCAGAUACAAUCAAAUAUCAUUGAUCAAGAUCGAAGAAGAAAAUCAGUAUGCUCGCGUCGACCCCGAGGAUACCAGAAAAGGCACUUUGCUACUUGACGAAAAUCCUUUCCACUGCGACUGUAGUAUGUAUCGACUGUUGCGACUCAUGGAUAGCUCGAGCUACGCGUACAUACACCCGGCCAUGAAGCUUGAUGCUGCCGUCUGUGCCACUCCACCUGCGCUUGCUGAUACUAAACUGCGCGCAGCUCCUCUGGAUAAACUCACAUGCGAAUUGCCCACAUCAAAAUGCCCCAUUAACUGCAAUUGCACUUCACGUCCUGCGCGAAACACGGUCGAACUGGAAUGCAUCGAACCACCCGACACCGCACCGGCGCCGGAACCAGCAAAGGACUUUAAUCACAUAGCCCUAAGGCUUCGACGUGCACCGCUAACUCUCGACCUGUCAGUAGUAGUACACGAGCUCCAACUGGCCGGUCUAGGCCUGACGAAGCUUCCAUCGGGAUCUACUCCGAUCCAACUGGAGCUGCUUGACCUCACAGAUAAUCUGCUGAGUGAGGUGCCCCUGGCAUCAGGCGGCUACAAGCUGCGCCUAGCCGGUAACCCGCUCGCAUGUGAUUGUGCACACUAUGAUGCCGUAAAUGUGCUAUUGCUGUCAACGAACCGCAUCCAAGACUGGAAUAACGUAACGUGUGCGGGCGGUCGUUUCUUGAAACACAUUAAAGAUGCAGAUGCAUUAUGUGCGGAAGUUCGCGCAGCGUGGGCAGCUAGCAUAGGUGGAGCAUUGGCGUUGUUAGGGCUGGUCGCUAUCGUCGUGACAAUCCUAUGGCUGCGCCACCAAAACGAGAUCAAGGUGUAUCUUUUCGCACACGGUUGGUGCGGCUGUCUCACGCGAUCUGGUAAAGAAGCUCCCGCUAAGUACGACGUGUUUUUGUCAUUUUCGCAUGAGGACGAAGAGGUGGUGGUGCAGAAGUUGGUGCCGGAGCUUGAGCAGCGGGGUUACCGGCUGUGCGUGCACUAUCGUGACUGGGCGCCGGGGGAGGCAAUCGCGGAGCACUUGUCGCGCUCGGUGCGGGAGGCGCGGCGCACGCUGGUGGUCGUGUCGCCGGGCUUCCUGCGCUCCGAGUGGGCGCGCGCGGAGUUCCGCGAGGCGCACGCGCGGGCGCUCCGCGAGGGCCGCUCCAGUGUGAUAGUAGUACUCCUGGGAGAGCUACCUGCACCCGAGCCUGGUCAAGACGACGACUUGCGCGCCUACCUCCGCACAAACACAUACGUGGCGUGGGGCGACGCGUGGUUCUGGCCGAAGCUGCAGUACGCGCUGCCGCACCACCCACUCGGGCUUCAAGAGGAUAUUCCCCUUGUGCCCCUAUCAUCCAGGCUUUCAGCAGAUAAGCUGAGGCUUUGACCGAAGGUUUUGAACGAUAAGUUAGCCUUUAAGCUAGCCAGGUGUCCCAAAACAUUACCAUUUUAAUAUUUCCUAUAUUUUCGAUUGACUGUCGAAGAAAGUAUUAUAUCUACCUCGUAAUUAAGUUUAAAGCAUACUUUUACCUGAAGGACCAAUCUACCACACCAUAUCGCUUACCAUCUUAUAAUACUCGCGAAUGCUAGGAAGCUGAUUAUUAGACAGAUAAUAAUAAUUAGGUGGUGGUGGUAUCCUGCUAAAAUGCCGGGCUGCCAAAAUAUAUACUUAUACCUAGUCACCGCAGAAACCAAGGUCGAGGUUAUUGAGGACCAGCUAGUCAAUAUGUUAACUAAUUAUAAAUCCAAUUAAUUAAGGAUUUGAUUUCUGUGUCAAUUCGUUCCUUAAUUGUUAUAGUACCUACCAGGGAUCUCAUAUUGUUGUAACUGUGGCAAAAUACAAUUAAGUAAAUAAUAAUAUUUAUUUAUGUGAUGUAUCAAGCAUUUACGGAAUAGCUAUAAGUGUGCCCAUUACAAUAUUAUAUAUAGUGUAGUAAAGUGAAGAAUUUUUAAGAUUUCAUCAAUCGUAGGAUAUAUAAAUAAUGUUC